UUGAUAAAUGCAUGAUAUCUUUGAAGUUCCAGAAAUCUGUUUGUGAUCAUUGCCUGUAUUUCAAAAAUACUUCUUCUGUGCCUGUAUUUUUGUUACUCUAUGUGGAUGACAUGCUGAUAAUUAGUCCUUCUCUGAAUGCUAUUAAAGAUGUGCAGAAAUGUCUUUGUGCGAAUUUUGCCAUGAAAGACCUAGGUGAUGCCAAGAGGAUCCUAGGCAUAAACAUUGUUAGGGAUAGGAGUAAGCGUACUCUUACUUUGAAUCAGAUUUCUUACAUAGAAAAAGUUUUGAGUAAAUUUAAUAUGUUAUCUGCUUCUCCUGUUAAUGUCCCUAUGGCAUCUCACUUUGUGUUAAGUAAGGACCAGUCUCCCAAGACUGCUCCUGAAAUUGAGAAAAUGAAAUCUGUGCCCUAUUCCAGCGCAAUAGGGUCGGUGAUGUAUCUUAUGGUUAGCACUAGACCUGAUAUUGCAUAUGCGGUUAGUUGCUUGAGUAGAUAUAUGCCCAACCCUGGUUUGCCCCAUUGGAAUGCUCUUAAGUGGUUGCUUAGAUAUCUGAUUUCUACUGUGAAGCAUGGAUUAAUUUUCUCUAAAUGUGCUAGUGGUAUUGAAUUGAUUGGUUAUGUUGAUUCUAACUAUGCAAAUGAUAGAGAUAACAGGAAGUCGACCACUUCUUAUGUUUUUACUUUGUGUGGCUCUUGCAUUAGUUGGAAGUCUCAACUACAGCCUAUUGUGGCCCUUUCUACCACUGAGUCCGAGUAUGUUGCAGCCACAGAAGCGUUUAAGGAAGCCAUCUGGCUCAAACGCCUUGUCUCCGAAAUUGGGUUUCUCAAAAAGGGAGUUACCAUUUUCUCGGAUAGCCAAUCGGCUAUCCAACUUUGCAAAAAUCAUGUAUUUCAUGAUAGAACUAAGCAUAUUGAUGUUAGGUUCCAUUUCAUACGUGAUAUUGUUGAUGCAGGUGGAGUCAAGCUGUGCAAGAUCCCGUCCGAGUUUAACCCCGCGGAUAUGGGUACCAAGUGUCUUUCUGCUGAGAAGCACUUGUCCUGUAAACGCGUGUUAAACUUUGAUUGUGGAUAACUGUGGGUUGCCUAAUAAAGUGUUUGCCCGUUGUGUCUGUUGAUAUUCCGGGUGACCCGGCGAUGAUGAGUCUCCUCACAACCUGUUUUGCUACUCUACACCACUUAGGACCAAUAAGGUGGAGAAUGUUGGAGGUAUUGGUCCUACCAAGGCCUCCCUUCCACUUUAUUAUUUAGGCCUGCACCCCAUGUUUACUCCCACUUUGAUUCCCUGAGUUGAAAUCACUCAUUGGUGUCCUGUUGACUUACCUGGAAUCAGCCCCAUUGCUUGCUGUCCUCUGCACCCUUUGUUUGUCUUGGCUUACCCGUGAGUGUCCUAUACACACCCGUGAGUGUCCUGUUAAUUAUGCCCGUGACUUCUCUAUAGGCAGGCAGCCUAUUAUAAAGUCAACACUUCCUUCCCUUUGUGAGAUAAGCCUGCGAGAGAACAUCCCAGUGCAGUGUCUUCCUUCUUCCUUUCCCUUUGUGUGAGAGUUCCUUAGUGGAGUGAAGAAGAGUGAGUAAACAUGGGAGAUGGAGUGGCCUAAGCCCUAGAGUGGUGUGUGUGAGUUUAGUUUAGAAGGUUGGAGACCUGAGCCGGAGACGGAAACGAUCCUUACACAAAAUAAAGGUACUCUGAGUUUGUGGAGACAUUUAAUUUUAUUUUUACUUUAUCAAUUCAAUAUCAACCACAUAAUUGUAUUUUUUCAAUUUCUUAAUAAGCGUGUCACCACCUUAUUUUCCUAAUGUUAGUGAAAUGGAGGUAGUGAUAUAUUAGAAAAUUACAUAUUUAAUUUUGUAAUUUAAUUAUGUAAUUGUUAGUAAUGAUAUAAUUUUAAUUACUUGCAAAUUGGAUAGUGCAAUAUUUUUUUGUGUGUUGGAUACUGCAAUAAAUAAAUACGAAGUAUAUCUAUUUUCCACUAGAAACUAAAUUUUUUUCCGUUGAUAAUGUAUGAGGCUGCUUUUUCAUCCAUUUUAUUGCGAAAACGGCAAGUGGGAAAGUAGUACUCUCAACUCUGUAGUUAAUAGACAAAGUUAUGUGAAUCAACCAGAAAAAUAUCUUUUCAUAUUUAUAUAUGAGAAAAAUAAGAUCGAUUCUCUCAAAAAUAUUUUGAUCCUUACACAAUAUAAGUAAUUUUAACAUUUGUUUUUCGAAUUUUUAAUAAGGGUAAACAAUUACAAGAAAUUAAAAAAAUAAAAUGUGAC